AUGUCGGCAUCACUUGCACCAGAGUGUAAUGAAGUGAAGGAGCGUUACGAUACCUGCUUUCUAAAAUGGUAUAGCGAGAAGUACCUUCGAGGGGCGGAGAAGGACAACAAGGAAUGUGCCGGUCUAUUCAAUGAAUACCAAAAGUGUCUAAGUGUUGCACUAAAGGACCGAGGCAUUGAUAAGCUUCUUGACGAGGCCCGGGAAGACAACAAAGAAAACGACGUGAGGUUAACAGCGCCCAGGAAGUAG